AUGAGUUUUGGAAAAAGAAUUUUCCUCGUUUCACUCUUUCUUGGAAUGCUCCUCACUCGGUUCAGCCACUGCAACCAAGUUGUGCUGCUGGAUACGACGUCUGUGCUCGGAGAGCUUGGAUGGAAGACAUAUCCUAUAAACGGGUGGGACGCCAUCACGGAGAUGGACGAGCAUAACCGGCCCAUCCAUACUUUCCAGGUUUGCAAUGUGAUGGAGCCCAACCAGAACAACUGGCUUCGCUCCAACUGGAUCUCUCGGCAGGCUGCCCAAAAGAUCUACGUGGAACUUCGAUUCACACUGCGUGACUGCAACUCCAUCCCUUGGGUGUCUGGCACCUGUAAGGAAACCUUCAACCUAUUCUACCAUGAAACUGAUGAGGCUCACGGUGUCAAAUUCAAGCCCCCGCAGUACACCAAGAUCGACACCAUAGCUGCAGAUGAGAGCUUCACUCAGAUGGAUCUUGGGGACCGCAUCCUCAAGCUCAACACGGAGGUGCGCGAGGUGGGACCCAUGACCAAGAAGGGCUUCUAUCUGGCAUUCCAGGACAUUGGUGCCUGCAUCGCCUUGGUUUCUGUGAGGGUUUAUUAUAAGAAAUGUCCAUUCACGCUGAGGAACCUGGCUUCAUUUCCAGACACAGUGCCGCGUGUGGACUCCUCCUCAUUGGUGGAGGUGAGGGGUGCAUGUAUCGACCAUGCAGAAGAAAGAGACACGCCCAAACUGUUCUGUGGAGCUGAUGGAGACUGGUUGGUCCCCCUGGGAAGAUGUGUCUGCAGUGCUGCGUAUGAGGAGAUCGAUGGCACAUGUUCUCCAUGUCAGCCAGGCUUCUACAAGGCAUAUGCUGGAAACAUCAAGUGUUCAAAGUGCCCUCCGCAUAGUUUCAGCUAUGGAGAAGGCGCUGAUAUCUGUCGCUGUGAGGCGGGCUUCUUCAGGGCUGAGAGAGAUCCUCCAACUAUGGCUUGUACACGCCCUCCAUCUCCUCCCCGCAACUUGAUAUUUAACCUGAAUGACACCUGUCUGAUGCUGGAGUGGUCACCUCCCAGCGACACAGGGGGCCGCAGGGAUCUCACCUACAACGUCCAGUGUAAACGCUGUGGCCCCGAGCCCAACCAGUGCCAAUUUUGCGAAGAGGAACUUCGAUUUCUACCGGGACCGUUAGGCCUGACCAACGCCACUGUCACCGUCAUGGACUUCUCAGCACACGCCAACUACACUUUCGAGAUCGAGUCCCUCAAUGGUGUGUCAGACAUGAGCUCCUUCCCCCGCCAGGUAGCCAUCAUCACCGUCAGCACUGAUCAGGGUGGUCCGUCUCUGGUUGGGACUUUGAAGAAAGACUGGGCCUCUCCAAACAGCAUCGCUCUCUCCUGGCAGCAACCUGAACAAACAACACUACCCAUCCUCGACUACGAGAUCAAAUAUUAUGAGAAGGAACACGAGCAGCUGAGCUACUCGUCGACGCGUACCAAGGCUCCCAGUGUGAUCAUCUCAGGUUUAAAACCAGCCACCUGGUACGUCUUCUGCGUACGCACCCGCACGCCAGCUGGAUACAGUUCCUACACCCCUAAAUAUGAAUACAAAACUACAGGGGACUCUUCAGACAUUGCUUCUGACCAAGGCCAGGUGUUGGUCAUCGUCACAGCAGCAGUUGGUGGCUUUACCCUCCUCGUCAUCCUCACCCUCUUCCUCCUGAUCACUGGAAGGUGUCAGUGGUACUUUAAGGCCAAGAUGACUUCAGAGGAGAAAAGAAGGACCAACUAUCAGAACGGACAUGUCCCUUUCCCGGGAAUAAAGACCUAUGUGGACCCUGAUACAUAUGAAGACCCCACGCAGGCAGUCCAUGAGUUUACCAAGGAGAUUGACCCCUCCAGGAUCCGCAUCGAGAGGGUGAUCGGAGCCGGGGAGUUUGGUGAGGUGUGCAGCGGCCGCCUGAGAACACCAGGAAAGAAGGAGAUUGCCGUGGCGAUAAAGACUCUGAAAGGUGGCUAUGUGGAGCGUCAGAGGCGGGACUUCCUGCGCGAGGCAUCAAUCAUGGGCCAGUUUGACCAUCCUAACAUUAUCAGGCUGGAGGGCGUGGUCACCAAAAGCAGGCCUGUGAUGAUUGUGGUGGAGUACAUGGAAAAUGGAUCGCUGGACUCGUUUCUGCGGCAACACGACGGUCACUUCACUGUUAUCCAGCUGGUUGGCAUGCUGCGUGGCAUCGCCUCGGGCAUGAAGUAUCUGUCAGACAUGGGCUACGUUCACAGAGACCUGGCAGCUCGAAACAUCCUGGUCAACAGCAAUCUGGUGUGUAAAGUGUCAGACUUCGGCCUGUCCCGAGUCCUGGAGGACGACCCAGAGGCUGCUUACACCACAACGGGUGGUAAGAUCCCCAUCCGAUGGACUGCUCCUGAGGCCAUCUCAUACAGGAAGUUCUCCUCAGCAAGCGAUGCAUGGAGUUAUGGCAUCGUCAUGUGGGAAGUUAUGUCAUACGGAGAGCGGCCGUAUUGGGAGAUGUCAAAUCAGGAUGUGAUUCUGUCUAUCGAAGAGGGCUACAGGCUGCCUGCACCCAUGGGCUGUCCCGUGGCCCUGCACCAACUGAUGCUGCACUGCUGGCAGAAGGAGAGGAGUCAUCGGCCCAAAUUCACCGAUGUUGUUACCUUCUUGGAUAAACUGAUCCGUAACCCCAGCAGCCUGCUGCCGCUGGUAGAAGACAUUCAGAGUCUACCAGAGUCUCCGGGGGAGGAAAUGGACUACCCAAUGUUCAUCUCCAUUGGCGACUGGCUGGACUCCAUUAAGAUGAGUCAGUACAAGAGCAAUUUCAUGGCAGCUGGCUACAACACAUUGGAUUCUGUGGCGAGGAUGAGUAUUGAAGAUGUGAGGCGUAUAGGGGUGGAGCUGAUCGGCCACCAGAGGCGGAUCACCAGCAGCGUACAGACCCUCCGCCUUCAGCUACUGCACGAACAAGAGAAGGGUUUCCAUGUAUGAGGACGACGUUUGACACAACUUGGGACGGACAGAUAGAUGGACCAGAUGGAAGUGAAGUCUAGACCGUUGGACAGACAGUCUAUACAGCCUGUGCCUGAGUCUUAACCCCUCAUACAGGAGGUCAUUGGACAGACUACCACAGCAGACUGCCCCUUGGUCUCCCUCACAUCCAGUAGUAACAGACUAUUUCCUACUAUACACCCCUUACCCAGAAUACCUGGCUCUGCCUGAUAGACUUUAAAGA